AUGGCGUCAACUCUUUGGUGGACCGAUCCAACCAAGAGAAAUCGAUUCCUCAAAGAAUAUCGUACUCAGGUGGCUUCUGGGGCAUCUACAAUCAUCGCGACUCUAAUCUCGACUCCGUUGGAAAAUUUGAAGACUCGCAUGCAAACACAUGACUUCAAGGGCUAUGGACACUGUGCUCGCUACAUGUGGCGAACUGAAGGUCUUCGGGGAUACACUGCUGGCGCUCUGCCACCACUCGCGAGUGUCACCAUUGUGCGGGUGAUCAACUUUACCGUCUACCAGAAAGUGAAGCAUAUGGUUUCGGAUACCAUCGAGCAAGCUACUGGGACGUCACCUUUGGUGUAUUAUAAUACUCCGGGAAGUGUUCCAACAUUGGCAACUUUAACAACGUUUACGAUCGGAGGCAUGGCUGCAGGCCUCGCAGCAGCUCCUCUUGCUUGCCCAUUUGAACUAGCGAAAAACGUUGUGCAGACUUCAGUCCUCAUGGCCAACCGAGCCCAAGCUCAAGCUUCCGCUGGCAAGAUCCCUGACAAAUCUCCUUUGCGAGAUGUCAAGCGUCUCACGACCUCCGAGGCAAUCAAGCAGAUUAUUUCGCGUCAUGGUAUUCGUGGCCUCUACACCGGGGUUCAGUUGCAUGCGUUACGUGACACUAUCGGUACCGGAAUGUACUUUGCAAUAUACGAAACAACUAAACAGCUGAUCUCAACUUACCAAGGCGAUCAUGGAUCUCCGUUUGGGGCACCGAUGGUUGCUGGAGCUCUUUGUGGAGUCAUUCCCUGGAUCUGCACCUACGGUCUUGACACAAAAAAGACACGCGCACAAAGCAUCUUGCUUGGAAAAUCAAACGAGAUUAAUGAAGCAACAGUCGCCGCCGCGAGAUCGUCAACUUAUAGAGGCAUGACUGUCCUUCUCUUCCGUACAUCGGUGCAAAACAUGAUCCUUCUCUCAACAUUCGAGUACAUCAAGAUGAAAAUUAAUGAGCUCCCACUAUAUGACGAGAAACCUCAAGCUUGA